AUGGGCCGUGCUGCGCAUAAGUACUCAAGCAACAAACUGCCAUUGCUGAAACUAGCUAGGGACGGCUAUGUAUCGUGCAAAACGUCACUUGAAGGGGCAUUGAAAGACUUGAAUGUUAAACAUAUCACUGAUAUGUGUGAAAGUGAGGAUACGAGCGAUGGAAUACCCUUUUUCGAAGCAGAAGUAGAAAACUUACGAUCAGUGUCUGAUCAUUUAUGUCCCGAGACCCCAAAACGCACCUUUUCUGUUUUUGAUUUAACUGAACCAUGGCGUACGUAUGCACGUCUCAAGAAUGAAAGUACCAAUAACAAUAUCAAGGUUGAUAUGGACGAGAAUGAGAAAGCGGCAUUCAAACUUGUUCUUAAGCCGCCGAGAAUGGAUAAUAUUCGGGCAAUUGAACUUUGCUCUGAAUCUUCAACUGACGACCUGAUGCCCCCUCCUUUGCAUAUCCGGAAAACUCGAGAGAAGGCACGGGGUCUCCCCAAAAUUUCGAUUCCCGAUCGAUCAUUGCUUCCGCUUCCUCUUUUUUCUCCUCCUUUAUCUCCUCCAAUGGCAGGUGAUCCGAAACCCCCUUCUCGUGCUCCAAACCCAGGUCCAAGUACACCAAGAAAAUUUCAAAGUCGGAUCCCCAUCCCAAUCGAUGCUAUCGAGCUCACACCUACCAAAACUAAACGGCACAGCCCACAGGUUACUGAAAACAAAGUAACAAUCCAACCAUCUAUAUGCAUGCUUAGCAUUCUCUCCUCCCUCCCUUCCCAGCUCGAAACAAACAUAAACAAUAUUGAUAUUCUCAUUUCUCAAGCAACGGAAAUCCAACACGUCCAUAAAGCCACCAAGAGCAAUCGACUUGCCUCAUUUUGGAGCUUUGACUUCAAAUCAAACGAAGCACAGCCUGGUUGCUAUAAUGAUGGGACUCGAGUUAUUUCAAACGGGAUGGAAACUAGACAGGAACGGAUUCUUCGAUUGCGAUCGGAAGGGUGGAACACGGUCGGUAUUAAGAACCCCGAAAGAGGCUGGAAGGGAUCGGAAUACUAUGAGAGAAUCUGCGCAGAGGCAUUAUCGGAGCUAUAUGGCAACUAG